AUGACAACAAAAUAUCCUGAUGAUAUAGCUGACGAUUUUAAAAAAUUAUAUGAAUCUAAAGAAGAUUAUGAUGCGAUUAUCAUCGCUGGAAAAGAACCAAAUGUUAAAGAAUUUCAAGUCCAUUCUUUAAUUCUUCGUACUAGAUCAACUUAUUUUCGUAGUGCAUUUUCUUCUAAUUGGGCUGAAAAAAAUGAUAAUGGUCAUUUAAUUUUAAAAAAGCCUAAUAUUAGUGCAUUAGUCUUCGAAAUUAUUCUUAAAUAUCUUUAUUGUGGAAUAGUGGACUUUCAAAGACGAAAAAAUGAAGAAAUCUUAGAACUUUUAGUCGCUGCAGAUGAACUUGGAGUUCAAAGACUUAUUAAUUCUGUUCAAGAAUUUUUAAUUCAAAAUUGUUACAAAUUCUUAGAAUCUGAUCUCAUUAAAAUGCUUGAAUUUGUUACUUGUCAUAAUAAUUUCAAUAAUCUUAAAAAAGCUUUUUUAAGGACCUUAAUUAGAAAUUGUAAAGAAUUUUUACGACGAGAUCCUAUUAAGUUACUUCAUUUCAUUAUUCACAACGAAGAAUUUAACAAACAUAGAAAAGCUUUUUUAGAGCAAGAAUUUAUGCUUGGAGUAUGGCCAUUGAGACACCUCCUUUUUGAUAACUUAAUCGAAGAUAUAUUACGUUGGUAUUUAGUUUCAGGUACCAUACCGCUUUAUCGCGCAUUUCCAGUCAGAUGGGGCAACUUUAAAAUCGACUCAGAUUUAAUUAAUAAGAAUGUUGCACUAUUAUUUACAAAAUGGAUAGAUAAAAAUAUUAUUAUUGAUCUCAAGACUUCAAAGAAAAUUCGAUAUAAAUUUAAUCUUCUUUUUCGAAGCAGCGUAGAUGGCUUUUCAUCCCAAAUAUUUCAUUAUAAAUGUGAUAAUAAAGGAGCAACAAUUGUUGUAGCGAAAAUUUCAAAUUCGAAUAUGCUGGUUGGUGGUUAUAAUCCGCUUGACUGGAAUGGAAAUGGUUAUAAAACCACAACAGAUAGCUUCAUAUUUUCGUUAAGCGAUCUUAAUAAUCUUCAAAGUGCAAAAUUAGGACGUGUUAAUAUUAAUAGUAAUUGUGCAGUUUAUUGCAAUAAUAGAUACGGACCAACUUUUGGAGGUGGUCACGAUUUACAUGCUCCAAAUAACAAUAGCAAUUGGCAAUGUUACGAAGAUUCUUAUCCUAGCGUUGGAAUCACAAAUUUAUCUCCAAUCUCAGAUUAUGAAGUGUUUCAAGUAGUAAAGAUUAGAUGA